AUGACUCCCGCCAUCGACUCGAGGCUGUGCGUGACAUGCUCGGCCCCGACAAACAUAGCGGUGAUCAAGUACUGGGGAAAGGACAGCGUUGCGCUCAACACGCCCAUCAACUCCUCAGCCAGCGUGACCCUCUCCCAGGACGACCUGAGGGCCAUAACAACGGUGGCAGCUAGCAAGGACUUCGAGAAGGACCAGCUGUGGCUUAAUGGAACCGAAGAGGACGUGAGCAAGAACAAACGUUUUCAGGCGGUGAUCCGACAAGUACGGGCGCUUGCCACGGAGAAGAGGGAUGAAGCCACCGGCGAAGUGGUCGUCGCGGAGGGGGACUGGGACCAGUACCGUGUCCGCAUCGCUUCGAGGAACACGUUCCCGACGGCAGCGGGACUCGCGUCUUCCGCCGCUGGACUGGCUUGCCUCACUUUCUCGUUGGCGAAGCUGUUCAACGCCAAGGAGUCGUUCGAUGGAGAGCUCUCGUCUAUCGCGAGACAGGGCUCCGGCAGCGCUUGCAGGAGCCUGUACGGGGGGUUCGUCAAGUGGCAGAAGGGCGUACGGGAAGACGCGCGCGAUAGCAUUGCGGUGCAGGUGGCAGAUGAGCACCACUGGCCGGAGAUGAGAGCCCUCAUCCUCGUCGUGUCCGCCGACAAGAAGGACACCUCCAGCACCUCGGGGAUGUCUACGAGCGUCCAGACCAGUCCUUUGCUAGGGUUCAGGGCGAAAGAGGUAGUGGAGCCCCGUCUAGCGGAGAUCGAGAAGGCCUACCUGGAGAAGGACUUCGCAACUUUCGGCAAGAUCACCAUGCAGGACAGCAAUCAGUUCCACGCCACCUGCCUAGACACCUACCCCCCCAUAUUUUAUAUGAACGACGUCAGCAGGUCCGUCAUUCGGAUCGUCCACGCCUACAACGCCUUCCACGGCGAGAUUCGCGCGGCGUACACGUUCGACGCGGGGCCCAACGCGGUCGUCUACCACCUUGCGGGCGACUCGGCGGAGCUCUUGGCGCUCCUGCUGAGGUUUUACCCGGCACCGGCGGGCUCCUCGACCAGCAACGGCAGCACUAGCACCAGUGGCGCGUACGUUAACAGCGCGGCUGCGCUAGAAGCAGCGAGGGAAGCGGACGCUUGUCUGCCCGAGGGUCUGUACGAGGCGUGUUUGAAGACCGGGAGAACCCCCACCGUGGGAGAGGUCAAGAUGGUUUACUACACCAAGGCCGGAGGGCCUCCUAGGGUGUUGGGUGACGAGGAACGAAUGCUGGACUUGGAGACUGGGGACCCCGUCUUCCCGUCCGCAAGCGGCAGCUCGUAGACGGCCGUGAAAGGACGGGGCCCUACCUAGCGCGUUGGAGGUUGCCGCUGAGUCCCGCGCUUGCGUUGGAGGUGCACCCAAGUUUCUGCCUUGUAGCACGGCCGCGCUGUGUUUUUUGCCGUUCCUCGCAUAUCGCAUUUCUGGUGGGGCGUAGGGCGGGUCGCAGGGUUUGUGCGAUGUCGCCUUUGACUCUACGUCAUUCGGGAACCCGCGAAGUGUCUGCGCGCUGCAACACUUCUGUGUGCUAUCUACGCAUACCAUGACCCAAGGUACUUUUUCACUCCGCGGGAGUGCAGCUGGUCAAUGAUAGCUGCGUGCGAGUGUUCGCUAGUAGUUACGCGUGCGCAGCCCUCUUCCUUCUACGGUCCAUACACGCUGAGCAGUUUUCGCUAGCGCCGAGACACCCACGGUAGAGCGAGAAUGGUGCCAGCAGUACCCCGUGAGGUUCAUGUCGUUUGCUAAGGAAAGUCGAGCGUCAGAGUUUGCCGGCCGCGUUGGAGUUGACCUUUUGGUUGCGGACAAGACGUGCUGAAUGAACCCUUGGGUGAGUAUUUUUUCUCUCUCGCUCUGCACCGUUGCCUCCCGACAUGUUGUUGUUGCUGCUGGUGUUCUGAAGCCACGUUUUGGGGAGAUUCAGUUCCUUCAGCAAUAAGAAGUCUGGCUCUGCAUAUCGUUUUUUUGUUGUUGUUGUCGCAGUUUCCCACAAAGUCGGUUUUUGACUUGAUUGUUGUGCGUUUUUUUCUGCGGUCCCGUUUUCGAGAUUUCCCUCAUUUCCAGAACUGCAUUUUCGGA